CUUUCCCUUCCUUCCCUUGUCUUUUAGGCUGGUGUGACUCCUGUCUGUGAAAUUCUUCGUCUCUCUCUCCCCAUCUUUCUCUCUCUCUCUCUCUUUUUAAAACACCCUUUCCCCUAUUUCCGGGUGCCAGUGCGCUCCGAUUAAGCGACGGCUUUGAACUCAGGGUGGGCGAGGGGGAUCGACCCAGAGUGGUGAUGGAAAGCACCCCCUCAAAUGGUGGACUGAACCGAGCACACCUACAAUGCAGGAAUCUGCAGGAAUUCCUUGGGGGUCUGAACCCUGGGGUAUUGGACCGAUUGUACGGGCACCCUGCCACCUGUCUGGCUGUCUUCAGGGAGCUCUCAUCUUUGGCUAAGAAUUGGGUGAUGCGGAUGCUGUUUCUGGAGCAGCCUUUGCCACAAGCUGCCGUGGCCCUGUGGGUAAAGAAGGAAUUCAGCAAAGCUCAGGAGGAAAGUACAGGGCUGCUGAGCGGCCUCCGUAUCUGGCAUACCCAGCUGCUCCCUGGUGGUCUCCAGGGCCUCAUCCUCAACCCAGUGUUCCGCCGGAAUCUCCGCAUUGCCCUUCUGGGUGGGGGCAAGGCCUGGUCUGAUGACACAAGUCAGCUGGGACCAGAUAAGCAUGCCCGGGAUGUCCCCUCACUUGAUAAGUACGCCGAGGAACGAUGGGAGGUGGUCCUGCACUUCAUGGUAGGCUCCCCUGAUGCAGCUGUCAGCCAGGACUUGGCUCAGCUCCUCAUCCAGGCUGGGCUCAUGAAGAGUGCUGAGUCUGGAGAACCACCCUGCAUCACCUCUGCUGGCUUCCAGUUCCUGUUGCUGGACACCCCUGCCCAGCUCUGGUACUUUAUGCUGCAGUACCUGCAGACAGCCCAGAGUCGAGGUAUGGACCUAGUGGAGAUCCUCUCCUUCCUCUUCCAGCUCAGCUUCUCUACUCUAGGCAAGGAUUACUCUGUAGAAGGUAUGAGUGAUUCUCUGUUGAACUUCCUGCAACAUCUGCGUGAGUUUGGACUUGUUUUCCAGAGGAAGAGGAAGUCUCGGCGUUACUACCCCACACGCCUGGCCAUCAAUCUUUCAUCAGGUGUUUCUGGGGCUGGGGGCACUGCACAUCAGCCAGGCUUCAUUGUCGUGGAAACCAAUUAUCGACUGUAUGCCUACACUGAGUCGGAGCUGCAGAUCGCCCUCAUUGCCCUCUUCUCUGAGAUGCUCUAUCGCUUCCCCAACAUGGUGGUGGCACAGGUCACCCGGGAGAGUGUCCAGCAGGCCAUCGCCAGUGGUAUUACAGCCCAGCAGAUCAUCCAUUUCCUCAGGACAAGGGCCCACCCAGUGAUGCUUAAACAGACACCUGUGCUGCCGCCCACCAUCACGGACCAGAUUCGGCUGUGGGAGCUGGAAAGGGACAGACUCCGGUUCACCGAGGGCGUCCUGUAUAACCAGUUCCUGUCGCAAGUGGACUUUGAGCUGCUGCUGGCCCACGCACGGGAGCUGGGUGUGCUGGUGUUCGAGAACUCCACCAAGCGGCUCAUGAUCGUGGCCCCUUUGCAAGCACUCCUGAUGCCUCAUUUGCCUCUGGCCUCUUUUCUACAAUGGGGGCUGAGGCCCUCGCGGGGCCUCCCAAGGUCCCAUCCCCUUUCUACCCAGUCAGAGCCCUAUGGAUCCCCCAUCUCCCAGAGGAACCGUGAAGCCAAACAGAAACGCCUGCGAGAGAAGCAGGAGGCGCUGGAGGCUGGGUUAGCCCGGAAGAGCAAGUCACCUGCAGAAUUCAGCAAGGCCUGGACUCCUAAAGAAAUAGUGUUGUAUAAAAUCCCCACAGAACUUGGUGAAAAGAAAGAUGUCUCCCAGCCCUUGCCUCCUGCAUACAGCCCCCGAUAUGUUGAGGCGGCCUGGUACCCUUGGUGGGUUCGAGAGGGCUUCUUCAAGCCGGAAUAUCAGAUCAGGUUGCCGCAGGCUACAGGGGAGACCUUUUCCAUGUGCAUCCCACCUCCCAAUGUCACUGGCUCCCUACACAUUGGGCAUGCACUGACGGUGGCCAUCCAGGAUGCUCUUGUGCGCUGGCACCGGAUGCGCGGGGAUCAGGUGCUAUGGGUCCCCGGCUCAGAUCAUGCAGGAAUUGCCACCCAAGCCAUGGUGGAGAAGCAGCUGUGGAAGGAGCGAGGGGUAAGGAGACACGAACUGCGCAGGGAAGACUUCCUCCAGGAGGUGUGGAAGUGGAAGGAGGAGAAAGGUGGAGAGAUCUGUGAGCAGCUUCGAGCUCUGGGUGCCUCCUUGGACUGGGACCGAGAGUGUUUUACCAUGGACGCCGGCUCCUCAGUGGCUGUGACUGAAGCUUUCGUGCGACUUCACGAGGCAGGGUUGUUGUACCGCAGCCAGCAGCUUGUCAACUGGUCAUGUGCUUUAAGAUCAGCCAUCUCUGACAUUGAGGUGGAAAGCCGGUCCCUGCCUGGCCACACGGAGCUUCAAGUGCCUGGCUGCCCCACCCCUGUGCCUUUUGGCCUCCUUGUUUCUGUGUCCUUCCCUGUGGAUGGAGAGCCUGAUGCAGAGGUUGUGGUAGGGACCACGAGGCCAGAGACAUUGCCUGGAGAUGUGGCAGUGGCUGUUCAUCCCGACGACACCCGAUACACACAUCUACAUGGGCGACAACUUCGUCACCCCUUGACAGGGCAGCUUCUACCCCUCGUCACAGACUCUGCUGUCCAGCCACACAUGGGCACAGGGGCAGUGAAGGUGACUCCAGCUCACAGUCCUGCUGAUGCUGAGCUGGGGACCCGACAUGGCUUGAGUCCCCUGAGUGUCAUUGCGGAGGACGGGACCAUGACCUCUAUCUGUGGGGACUGGCUGCAGGGCCUUCAUCGAUUUAUAGCCCGGGAAAAGAUUGUGUCUGCACUGAGGGAGAGGGGCCUGUUCCGGGGCCUCCAGAGCCAUCCCAUGGUGCUGCCCAUUUGCAGCCGUUCCGGGGACGUGGUAGAAUACCUACUGAAGAGCCAGUGGUUUGUGCGCUGCCGGGAGAUGGGGGACCGGGCUGUCCAGGCUGUGGAGUCUGGGGCCCUGGAGCUGAGCCCAUCUUUCCACCAGAAGAACUGGCGACUCUGGUUCUCUCGCAUUGGGGACUGGUGCAUCUCGCGGCAGCUGUGGUGGGGCCAUCAGAUUCCAGCCUACCUGGUUGUAGAGGAGCCCUUGAAGGACGAUAAGGAGGGCUGCUGGGUGGUGGGCCGGACAGAGGCAGAGGCCAGAGAAUUGGCUGCAGAACUGACAGGGAGACCGGGGGCAGAGCUGACUCUGCAGCGCGACCCUGAUGUCCUGGACACAUGGUUCUCUUCAGCUCUUUUCCCCUUUUCUGCCCUGGGCUGGCCCCAACAGACCCCAGACCUCAGUCGGUUCUACCCCCUGUCACUUUUGGAAACUGGCAGUGAUCUUCUGCUGUUCUGGGUGGGCCGCAUGGUCAUGUUGGGGACCCAGCUCACAGGGCAGCUCCCCUUCAACAAGGUGCUUCUUCACUCCAUGGUCCGGGACAGGCAGGGCCGGAAGAUGAGCAAGUCCCUGGGGAAUGUACUGGACCCACGGGACAUCAUCAGAGGGGUGGAGCUGCAGGUGCUCCAGGAGAAGCUGAGAGACGGGAACUUGGACCCCACAGAGCUGGCGAUUGCAACUGCAGCGCAGAGAAAGGACUUCCCUCAUGGGAUCCCCGAGUGUGGGACAGAUGCCCUGCGGUUUGCCCUGUGCUCCCAUGGGGCCGUGGCAGGUGACUUACACCUGUCUGUUUCUGAGGUCCUGAGCUCCCGACAUUUCUGCAAUAAGAUCUGGAACGCCCUGCGCUUUAUUCUCAAUGUUCUAGGGGAGCAAUUCAUACCCCAGCCUGCAGAGGAGUUGUCCCCCUCCUCCCCAAUGGAUGCCUGGAUCCUGAGCCGCCUGGCCCACACUGCCCAAGAGUGUGAGCGAGGCUUCCUUACCCGAGAGCUCCCACUUGCCACCCAUGCCCUGCUCCACUUUUGGCUCCACAGCCUCUGUGAUGUCUACUUGGAGGCUGUGAAGCCGGGGCUGUCACACUGCCCCAGCCCCCCUGGGCCUCCUCAGGUGCUGUUCUCCUGUGCCGACAUUGGUCUGCGCCUGCUUGCCCCGCUCAUGCCCUUCCUGGCCGAGGAGCUCUGGCAGCGGCUACCCCCGAGGCCGGGUGGCCUCCCUGCCCCCAGCAUCUCAGUUGCUCCCUACCCCAGUGCCAGCAGCUUGGAACACUGGCACCAGCCUGAGCUGGAGCGGCGCUUCUCUCGGGUCCAGGAGGCUGUGCAGGCGCUAAGGGCUCUUCAAGCCAUGUACCAGCUCACCAAGGCCCGGCCUCGAGUGCUGCUGCAGAGCUCAGAGCCUGGAGAGCAGGGCAUGUUUGAGGCCUUUCUAGAGCCACUGGGGACCCUGGGCCGCUGUGGGGCUGUGGGCCUCUUACCUGCCAACACAGCUGCUCCCCCCGGCUGGGCCCAGGCCCCAGUCAGUGACACCGUUCAGGUCUACAUGGAGCUGCAGGGACUGGUAGACCCCCAGGCUCAUCUACCUCUACUGGCUGCCCGAAGACACAAGUUGCAGAGGCAGUUUGAUGGCCUCAUAGCCUGGACCCCAUCAGAGAAAGAGGCAGAGACUCAGAGGCAGCAGAGGCUUUCUUCCAUCCAGCUGGAAUUGUCAAAACUGGACAAGGCGGCUUCUCACCUCCAGCAGCUAAUGGACGCAUCUCCCAGCUCCAGGGAACCCUGAGCCCUCGACCCGCUGUCCCUGGCGGUUCUCUGCCCUCCCAGGCCUGCCUUUGAGAACAGACUGAUCCUGUAGCUGCUGGCAAGACGGUGCUUCAGAGACCACAUGGUCCAGCUCCCUCAUUUAUGGGAACAAACCAGCUUGAUCAGAGUGACUGUGGGUUGCUUGAGAUGCUCACAUUCCUGCCCCUGCUUCCCUCCUUUGCAGCCCCAACUGGGAGUUUAGGCAUGAGGAGAUUCAGAUAAACUUUUAAAAU